AUGGGUGGUUUACUCUUUGGUUAUGAUCUUGGGAUCACGGGAGGAGUGACUUCCAUGGAACCUUUCCUAAUGAAAUUCUUUCCUAGUGUUUAUAAACAAAUGAAAGACGAAUCUAACCACGAAAGCCAAUAUUGCAAAUUUGACAAUGAGCUCCUUACUUUAUUCACCUCUUCAUUAUAUCUUGUUGCAUUAAUAGCUUCUUUUUGUGCUUCUACCACCACAAGAAUGAUGGGAUGCAAGACCUCAAUGUUUGUCGUUUAUUGCUUGGUUUUGGUGUUGGAUAUUGUAAUCAGGAUAAGAGGUGCACUCAACAUUGGAUUUCAAAUGAUGAUCACAAUUGGCAUAUUAAUUGCAAACCUUAUCAACUAUGGGACUGCAAAACUAGAAUAUGGUUGGAGAGUUUCUUUAGGUAUUGGUGCAGUUCCCGCAAUAAUGUUAUCUGUAGGAGCUCUUUUCUUAGGUGACACGCCAAACUCUCUUAUUGAAAGAGGUAAAAUAGAAGCAGCUAAGAAAAUGUUGCAAAGGAUUUGUGGCAUUGAUAAUGUUGAGGAGGAGUUCCAAGACCUCGUUGAUGCGACUACAGCAGCCAAAGAUGUGGAACACCCAUGGAAGAACAUUACACAACCAAAAUAUAGACCUCAACUCACUUUUUGCUCUCUGGUUCCAUUCUUCCAACAAAUCACUAGUAUCAAUGUCACAAUGUUUUAUGCACCCAUCCUCUUCAAAACUUUAGGCUUUGGUAACGAUACUUCCCUUAUGUCUUCCGUUAUCACUGGAGGUGUUAAUGUGGUUGCCACUGUUGUUUCCAUUUUCACCGUGGACAAGUUUGGAAGAAGGAUAUUGUUCCUCGAAGGUGCACUAUAA